UAAUAGUCCUAUAAAACACGCUUUUAACUGUUUCAAAAUGUAAACGGUUCUAUUUAUGCUAUGUCUUUGACAACUUUAAUUUAAUUUUAUUUCUCUCUCUCUAUAUAUAUAUAUAUCCACACAAACAACCCUUUCUCUCAUAUAACAAACCAAUUUAUAACAUCCAAUAACAUACUUAGUAUUAAACCGAAAAAAUGUCGAAAGGUGACGGGAAAAAGAGCAGCAAGAAAUGCUUGGCCUACGUGGCGGUGUUCGUGUUGUUCCAAGCAGCCGUUAUUAUGGUUUUAGCUCUCACGGUUUUGAAAAUAAAAAGUCCGAAAAUCCGAUUCAACGCAAUUGCGGUCGAAAGCUUCACCUCAAAUAACGGCAACAACGCGGGCCCCACACCUUCGAUCAACAUGAGGCUGCUGACUCAGCUCACAAUAAAGAACACCAAUUUCGGGCAAUUCAAGUACGACAACGCCACGCUUGCCAUCUUGUACAAUGGGGUACCACUCGGUGAAGCUGUUAUUCCCCGGGGACGUGUUAAAGCUAGAAAAACAUUGAAAUUUAACGUUUCUUUCGAUUUAAAUUCGGACAGGUUGAACGGUAAUAAUACGAAUUUGGGAAAUGACAUAAAUUCCGGGGUUUUGAGGCUGAGCAGCCAAGCUAGGGUUAAUGGGAAGGUGCAUCUAAUGAAGAUUAUUAAGAAGAAUAAAUCUGGAAACAUGAAUUGUGAUUGGAUUGUCAAUUUGGCUACUAGAAUGGUGGAGAAUUUGAAUUGCAAGUGAUUUUAUUUUUUAUUUUUUUAUAUGUUUUCAAUUUCUCAGUAUUUAUUUCAUUUAUUGUAUUCGUUGUAGGUAAAUUUCUGUCUCCUCAGCUUGUAAUUUCAGUUCUGGUGGUUUGGCUUUAUGUACAAUGAUUGAUUCAAUGAAUAUAACUUUGAUU